GCCGCACGUGGGAGGGUUCAGGCGGAGCUCGCUGCCGCCGCCGCUCUUGCCUCUUCUGCUAGGCCGCCGCGCGGCUUCCCGGCGUCCCGAAUCCCUCACCCCCAAAGCGGAGGACAGCGCGCCCUCAGCCGCCGUCGCCUUUCGGCGCUCCCAUGAUCGCCCAGUGCUUUUCGGCUGUGCGAAGCCUCCACAGAAUUGGUGGUUCCAGGAUUUUAUUCGGAAUGACUUUAGGAAAAGAAGUGAUGUCUCCUCUUCAGGCAAUGUCUUCCUAUACUGCAGCUGGCAGAAAUGUUUUAAGAUGGGAUCUUUCACCAGAGCAAAUUAAAACAAGAACUGAGGAGCUUGUUGCACAGACCAAACAGGUGUACGAUGCUAUUGCAAUGCUUGACAUUGAGGAAGUAACUUACAAGAACUGUUUGCAGGCACUGGCAGAUGUAGAAGUGAAGUAUAUAGUGGAACGAACCAUGCUAGACUUUCCCCAGCACGUCUCCUCUGACAAAGAAGUACGAGCAGCAAGUACAGAAGCAGACAAAAGACUUUCUCGUUUUGAUAUCGAGAUGAGCAUGAGAGAAGAUAUCUUUCUGAGAAUUGUUCAUUUAAAGGAAACGUGUGAUCUGGGAAAGAUAAAGCCUGAAGCCAGACGAUACUUGGAAAAAUCAGUGAAAAUGGGAAAAAGGAACGGACUCCAUCUUCCAGAACAAGUACAAAAUGAAAUUAAAGCAAUGAAGAAAAGAAUGAGUGAACUAUGUAUUGACUUUAACAAAAACCUCAAUGAGGAUGAUACCUUCCUUGAAUUUUCCAAGGCUGAACUUGGUGCUCUUCCUGAUGAUUUCAUUGACAGUUUGGAAAAGACAGAUGAUGACAAGUAUAAAAUUACCUUAAAAUAUCCACACUAUUUUCCUGUCAUGAAGAAAUGUUGUAUCCCUGAAACCAGAAGGAAGAUGGAAAUGGCUUUUAAUACAAGAUGCAAAGAGGAAAACACCAUAAUUCUGCAUCAGCUACUCCCACUGCGGGCCAAAGUAGCCAAACUGCUCGGCUAUAGCACACAUGCUGACUUUGUCCUUGAAAUGAAUACUGCGAAGAGUACAAGCCACGUAACAGCCUUUCUAGAUGAUUUAAGCCAGAAAUUAAAACCCUUGGGUGAAGCAGAACGAGAGUUUAUUUUGAAUUUGAAGAAAAAGGAAUGUGAAGAGAGAGGUCUUGAAUACGAUGGGAAAAUCAAUGCCUGGGAUCUAUAUUACUACAUGACUCAGACAGAAGAACUCAAGUACUCUGUAGACCAAGAGAUCCUCAAGGAAUACUUCCCAAUUGAAGUGGUCACUGAAGGCUUACUGAACAUCUACCAGGAGCUGUUGGGACUUUCAUUUGAGCAAGUGACAGAUGCUCAUGUUUGGCAUAAAAGUGUUACACUUUACACUGUGAAGGAUAAAGCUACGGGAGAAGUAUUAGGACAGUUCUACUUGGACCUCUAUCCAAGGGAAGGAAAAUAUAACCACGCAGCCUGCUUCGGUCUCCAGCCUGGCUGCCUCCUGCCUGAUGGGAGCCGCAUGAUAUCUGUGGCUGCCCUCGUGGUGAACUUCUCACAGCCACUAGCAGGUCGUCCCUCUCUCCUGAGACACGAUGAGGUGAGGACUUACUUCCAUGAAUUUGGUCACGUCAUGCAUCAGAUUUGUGCACAGACCGACUUUGCACGAUUUAGUGGAACAAAUGUGGAAACUGACUUCGUAGAGGUGCCAUCACAAAUGCUUGAAAAUUGGGUGUGGGAUGCUGAUUCCCUCCGAAGACUGUCAAAACAUUAUAAAGAUGGAAGCCCUAUUACAGAUGAUCUGCUUGAAAAACUUGUGGCUUCUAGACUGGUCAACACAGGUAAGAAGUGGAUUUAUUUAGAGAGAUACACAUUCCAUAGACAGAAUGUGGACUGUCUCAAAAGGCAAGAGUGGCACCAGAGCAUGGAGUCGUCUCAGAAAGUGAGAGCGGCCAUGAGAGAGACACUCUCCACGGACUGGGUGUGGGCCAUCUCAGAAGGUCUCCUGACCUUACGCCAGAUUGUUUUGAGCAAAGUUGAUCAGUCUCUCCAUACCAACACUUCGCUGGAUGCUGCAAGUGAAUAUGCCAAAUACUGCACAGAAAUUUUAGGUGUUGCAGCUACUCCAGACACAAAUAUGCCAGCAACUUUUGGACAUUUGGCGGGGGGAUAUGAUGGCCAAUAUUACGGAUAUCUUUGGAGUGAAGUAUUUUCCAUGGACAUGUUUUACAGCUGUUUUAAAGAAGAAGGGAUAAUGAAUCCAGAGGUUGGAAUGAAAUACAGAAACCUAAUCCUGAAACCUGGGGGAUCUAUGGACGGCAUGGACAUGCUCCAGAAUUUCUUGAAACGUGAGCCAAACCAAAAAGCGUUCCUAAUGAGUAGAGGCCUGCAUGCUCCGUAAACUGGGGAUCUUUGGGAGCAGUCCAUGUCUGGAGGACAAGCUGACAUCAUCUUGUAUUACUGGCCUGGAAACUGAAGGGAGUUUUGCAAAUGAAAAUGUAGAUUUCUAUUGACUUCCUUUUGUUUUUUGAUUUGAAAAAUUAUACAGAUGUAAAUGGAAUUAUAAAUACUGUGACCUAAGAAAAGACCCAUUAGAAAAUAAUUGUACUAUAAAAUUUCAUAAAAAUGGAUUUGAUUUCAUUUUAUAAAAGUUUCAUAUGAAUGUAAUUUGAUUUUUUUACUGUUGUAAUCUAGAUUACUAUUAUCUAAGAAUUUUUAAAUUGAAUCAUAUACAUUAUAUACUUUGAUCCUUCUUAUAUCUUGAAGUUUUGUACUUGGGAUUUCUGAACUGAUAAAUGAAUCACCACGUUCCUCUGUUAAAUAUUGUCUCGGAGCCUUGCAUCCACUUUGACUCUGUCUCCCAGUAAAGUGUGACUGACCUCUUUGCCUGCGUACCUCAGGGCCCGGGGAAUAUGCCUCAGUAAUGCAUUUAUCUUUGUAUUUCAGGCCUCCUGAUUUCCAACUUUCUGCCACACUUGAAUAAUGUUACUCCAAUUGGUUUAGUCUUUUCUGUCUAACGUCCAGUCAGAGAACACCAGAAAAUUAUGAGUUUUAGCUGAAAUUACCUAAUGCAUAUUGCAGGUUUUAAUAUCUUGUAUUAGAGAAUUUUGGAUCUUGGAUUAGAGGUUCAUUUCCACUUCAGCAUACAAGAGUGUCAGGCUUUCUGCAUAUUUGCCAAGUAGAACACUAAAGCAAGUCCAAGGACAUUUUUCUCUUCUCAUGUUUCUAAUAAGUGGUAGGGACUUUGCCUCCUUUACUGUACCCCUCACCCGAAGUGGCAGGUGGACAUGUCACAAGGUCUACCUCGAGUGCCACAGGAAGAGAGCUGAAGCUGAUGUAGAGCAUGAAGAGUCCAGGAAUUCCAGGAGAGGAGUGGGGUCUGCACAGAAGUGUCUGAGGACGGCUGCCCCAAGUGUUAUGUGUGCUGCCACUCAGCCAUGGCGAGGAGGCUCUUCCAUGGCUUAUUUUGUCUGGUGAUUGUAAGUGAACCUUUGGAUCACUUUAAUUCUCUUUACUGUAGGCCCAAAUUCCAAUUCUGCAGCAGACCAGGAAACUCACAUACUUAUUUUUCCUCUAGGAGUCUACUCAAUAAAGAAACCAAAACAGGAUAAUUUUUUUUUUUUUUAAUUAAAAAAAAGUAACUUUGAAUGUAUGCAUUCUUCACAGGACUUCUAAUUGUUGUCCAGUGUUUACCUGAGGUAUGACUUUGCUGGCCAGGAACAAAAUUAGAACCUUUCCAUUCUCUAGUCCAAAUGGACUUUGUGCUAAAUAAAAAAAAAAGAUUAUGCUGUAUAGUCAAACUGUAGACAGCAGGAAAAAUCAAGAGCUGUAGAGACACAGAAGAAAAUUCAGGUUAUUAUUGUCAAGCAAAUACCCUUAACAUCACAGGAAAUCCCACCCUCCCUUCUGAGACGAUUGCCUGGCCCUCUCUCCCCGACAUUUGUUCAGCAUCACCACCUCAGGUCCGUGAAGCUGGUUUUUUUGGGGGGAAGGGGGUUGGUCUGAGCAAUGUAUGAUACUUUUCUCAUAUUUGUUUUUUUCCAGACUGUUCUGUCUUGCAGUUUCAGGCAAAAACUCUCUUCAGCUUUUUCUAUCGUCCAAUGCGUCUCCUUAACAAUAACUUUAUCAUUUUAAAUCUUAACUUAUUUCACAUAGAAAAACUAAUACUUGGUGUGAAAAAGGCUGCACACAAUAAAAUUACAUUAUUAUCCAUGAGAA